UUAUUUGAAGCGACACAAACAAAACAGCUUCGUUUGCUCUUUCAAUCAAAUAGCGUAACAAUACGUACAGAUUAUUGUUCUGUUCCCUGGAGGCCGCGGAUCGGUUAUACAUCGCCAUUUUCUGCCGUCAAAGGGGGCUCCAUGUAAUCAUGGACAACGACUACUCGUCCAGCCUGGAAAACCCUCUGUACAGCGAGCUGAAAUAUUUCUGCAGGAAGAUACAGGAGGCCUACAACGAGUUAAAGGAGGAUUUGACACCUUACAGAGAUGAUCGCUUUUACAGAUUGGCCCCCAUGCGGCUCUAUACGCUGUCGAAAAGGCAUUUUGUCCUGGUGUUUGUGUUGUUCCUGAUCUGCUUUGGCGUCACAGUCUUCAUUGGUAUUGCAGGGCCUAAAAUCCUUUUUGAGCAAGAGCACAAUGGUGAUCACAUGCUUGUCAAAAACGGCUCAAUUAAGACUGGGCCUUUUAAUCUAGUUUCUACUCCCCUCUCUACCUACAACCAGCAGCUGUGGCUCACUUGUCUGAUGCAGGCUGAACACAGCAACAUCGGAGACUUCCAGCAGCCUUUGGAGAUCUUUGUAGAGCUAAAGGGAGUAAUGUCGGAUGCCAGCGUGAUGCCCAUCAACAAGGUGCAACAGAAAUCCCGAAUGCUACACUGCGGGGCUAAAUGUGAUGAGAUCAUUGUGCUCCAUCUGGGCUACCUAAACUACACCCAGUAUAAAGUUUUGGUCAGCUUCAAAGGCCUUGAAAAUAUUACAUAUGAGAUCAAGGUUAAGUUUGUGUGGAAAACAUAUAACCCCACCUUCUCACAGGUGGAGAUCUGGUUCCGGUUUGUCUUUGUGGUGUUGACCUUCAUGGUGACGUGUAUGUUUGCACACUCACUGAGGAAGUUUUCUAUGAGGGACUGGGGCAUUGAGCAGAAGUGGAUGUCCAUCCUGCUCCCUUUGUUGCUUCUCUACAAUGAUCCUUUUUUUCCGCUGUCAUUCCUGGUGAACAGUUGGUUUCCAGGGACGUUGGAUGCUUUCUUCCAGGCUCUCUUCCUGUGUGCCCUGCUGCUCUUCUGGCUCUGUGUCUAUCACGGCAUCAGAGUUCAGGGUGAGAGGAAAUGUCUGACUUUCUACCUGCCUAAGCUGAUCAUCGUAGGUCUCCUGUGGCUCUCAGCGGUUACACUGGGCAUAUGGCAAACGGUUAAUGAACUACAAGACCCUACCUAUCUGUAUAAAGUGGACAUAAUUAACUUUCAGGGCAUGAAGGUCUUCUUCCUGAUUGUCAUCAUCUUCUACAUCCUCUACCUGAUCUUCCUGAUUGUCAGAGCUUGUUCAGAACUCAAAAACAUGCCUUACUCAGAUCUGCGGCUCAGGUUUUUGACAGCACUGACAUUUGUGGUUCUUGUUAUAAGCAUGGUUAUUCUCUACCUGAGGUUUGGUGCCAAGGCCCUCCAAGAUAAUUUUGUUCCUGAACUGUCUACUCAUUACCAAAACUCAGCUGAAUUUCUGUCAUUCUACGGCCUACUAAACUUUUACUUGUACACAUUAGCAUUUGUGUAUUCCCCCUCCAAAAAUGCUAUUUAUGACUCCCAGCUGAAGGAUAAUCCAGCUUUCUCCAUGCUAAAUGACUCAGAUGAUGAAGUAAUUUACGGGAGUGAUUAUGAGGACAUGCCUUUACAAAACGGACGUGCAAUCAAAGCAACCGCCAAGUACCAGGAUGAGAGUGACAGCGACUGAUAGAAUCUCCAACCUGUUUGGCCAUCUCUUUUGUGUCCCUGCAUUAUUACACAACACUUAAAAACUACUGUAUUGUGUGUAUGUGUAAAUAAGGAGUAUUUACAUUGUUAAAGCGUAAGUGUACAUAAAUAUAUUUUUAAAAAAGGAGAAGCUCCAUGUCAACUGAAUGUACUGUACUUUUACAAAAAGUUAAGGCAGGUAGCCUCUCGUUUUUUCUUCAUUGUUUUUGUUUGGACUUUGUAACAAAAGGGAAACAAACACUGAUGUUGAUUUUUUUUUUUUUUUACCAGAUUGUUAACUUUUUUUCUUUAUAACUAACUAAAAUCAUUUCUGUAAAGUCGAUAGGAAAAGUGCUAAUAUUAAUUGGGUUUUUUGUGAAAUCAAUGUUAUUUUUAAUGCUUUGUGUUGAACCACUGUUGUCCCUCUAUUCUUGCACUGGGUUGUUCUGCCAUGUCUUUCUGCUCUCUGAUUGUCUGUGAUGAAUGAAACUGUUUGUAUCUUGCCAAAGCCUCUUGACAUUAUGCUUGAGGUAGAAAGUAAGGAAAUACUCUGCUGCACUGCACUUUUAAUGGUGCAUUGUGAAUCCUCAUCUCUGACAUGAGUGAUGAACAGGAAAUCCAAGUGCCAAAGCAUUACUGGCUAAGACAUGUUAAGUUUUGAAACAUUCAUGAUAAUACAGAGAACCAUUAUUUGAGUUCUUGCCACUGAUCUAUUAACAAUCCUCUUCUUUCUGAAGCAGCUUUGUAAUUGCACUUGCUUAAUAAUUGUAAUUUUGCCAAAAAAAGUGAUAACAUUUGGUACACUAUUAUAUGACUGCCAGGAUGGAUGAAGACGUGUGUGAAUUUUACACAGCUUUAUGUAAAUAGACUCAAUCUUGUGAAACAUUUCUUAUUCCAGCAUGUUUAGUUGUAUCAUUUGCAAAACAUGUUUUGCCUUAUGUAAGAUAUAUAACUUUAUGUAAUCAUGUUUUUCAGCUGUAUUACUUAAUAAUGCCAACAAUGUGAGACUUGCUGCCCUCAAAGCCAAAACAAAUGUUCUUCUAUUAUUUACAGAUAUCUCAACAUGUACACUUAUCAAGAUGGUGCCUUGUCUUUACCACUUUUCUUUAUUUGGAAUAAGCAGCAGUCUCCAGUGUGUAAAUGCUUUGGCAUAAAUGUACAUUUUCAAGUGAGUCUGUGUGAAUGUAAGUGAUGAUCACUGGAGGUGGUUAAAUGAGAUUGUUGUUGGUCGGGAUGUGUUAAAAGUUUGCAAUUACCAUUUGCUUCAUGACAUCAAAGCUGUACAUUGUAGCUUAAUAAAGCAAAGUUUACACAGUA